AUCAAUCAAUAGAGUGACGUAAAUGGCUAUGGAAUAAUAACUUUCAUGAUUAGUGUUUUUGACAUAACCAAACAAAAAAGCGAACUACAAAUGAUGCAAAAAAUGAGACAUAAAUCAAUGUCUCAUUAAUAAUGAAUUGAGCUUUUUUCUCAUGAAAAUUAUCUCAUUAGUGGCUGAAAUCAGAUAAUUGUUGAGUAAAGACACAAUUUAUUGGACUGGUUUACCUGGCUGUCCAUAAUUAUGUCUUUUAUUUUGUUGUCAUUUCAUUAGUCCAAUAAAAAAGGGUAAAAAAAGUAAAAGCAUCAUAAUAAUGCUUUAUUUCAUGGCAUUUUGAUUAUGGUCAACUGUAAGUAGCAUUAAUAAUCAACUGAUCAAAAUCUAGUUACCAAGGUAAACCAAGAAUCCACAAUUCAAUCACAAUAAUCACUCUAAAUCAAUGAAUUUGAUUAUCAAGCUAACCGACAAAAACCGAGUAAACCUAAAUCUGUAAAUGCACCUUGACCAAAUCAACAUCCAACCAAUAUCUUGAAACAGUAAACAGUGGACAUUAAAUUUUAACCUAAUUGUUUCACCAACUCAAUUAAGACUCUUUCUAAACAUGUUUUUUAAAAUCUAAUCAUUUAAUUUGAUUCACUUCUAUUAACAAUAAUCAAAAAUCACCAGCAACCUUAAGACUACUAACCAAAUCUUGGUUAGUAGAAAGUGUUUCAAGUUGAAAAUGGCUUUCAGUGAUUUAACGGUUUACGGCAAGAUUUCAAUCAUUUGUGCUACAAUCAUCGGGUUAAUUAACUUAACUUCCAUUGAUUGUCGCGAUUUUUAUGACCAAUCAACACCAAUUUCAAAGGAAAUUUUGAUUGAUUUAAAUGAUCUUAACCCAUCUGAACCCAUUUUCAAUCCAUCAUCAGUGUUUCCAGCCGUGAAAGUUGAUUCCUUAACUUCAGUUGAAUAUACACUUAAACAAAAUAAUGAUCAGCAGAAAAGAUUCACUAUUGAUAGAUUGACUGGCGACUUAUUUGUAUCCAGUGUGGAGCGAUUGGCCGAACCAAUAGAAACGUUGAUAAUAACUCGAAAAUAUAAUCACAAUUCCAAUUUACCUAAAAAUGAAGAUAAAAGCAAAAUAGAUGAGAUUGAAUUAACCGUUAAAUUUGGUGGUUUGAAUGAGAUAAGGCGAGUUAAACGAGCAGCUAAAAAUGAUAACACUGAAGCUCCUCGGCUUCAAUUUAACUUACAAUUACUUCGAGGUGAUACUGAGGCUUGUCAGCCUGGAGAUUCUUUAGAUUAUUCAGUUACAGUUCAACUUCCAAAAGGUAAAGAAAACGACUUGUACAUUGAGAUAUUUACUCGGAAAUCAUUGAAUCCGGCUCAUGUGCCCAUUUUAAGUCUUUUUAAUGUAACACUUUCCCAUGAUAAGAAAAUAAUUUUACCAAAGUCAACAUCUGAUCCAAAAUUGUCAACAAGUAAAACAAAUCCAAAUAUUUACGAUCGGGUAACCAUCAAUUUGGACGGAAUUGAAAACACUGGUUCCACUGGUAAUACAUUGACGAUAAAAUUUUCAGUAGUAAUGGCUUAUUCAGAUGAGGCCAAGACAGGAUCGAAACAUAUGCUUUCCAUUGGAGCCGAGUAUCAGGCAAAUCGAUUCAUUUGGAUUGGACAAGAUCAAAUUAUUUAUAACAAGGCGAAAACGGAUCCUGUUAUAACGGGAACUUUGACAGGACCUGAAGAAUUGAUUCUUGGUUCUGCAGCAGUUUACUCUCUCCGUACCAAAAUGGCUUUGCGAUCAGAUGUUAUAACUGUUGAAGCAACUGUACCUAAUCAUAAAUGGGCACCGGAAAAUAAAAUAUCUCUAGGUCAGAUUGGUAUUGGCGCAAUGGGAAGCAAUUUCGCAGCUUUACCAAAAGAUCCAACGCAUUAUGAAAUUGAACGAUUCAAUUCAAUCUCGAAAAAAUCAGUUUAUCGUUCAUUGCUUAAACUUGGUGUGACAACGUCAUUGGCAGCGUCAAGAGGCCAUUUAGAAAGAAAUACCGAAGAUGAGGCCAAUACAUUUGAAUUCAAGAUACCAGUUUAUGGAUUAACUUAUGAUGUAAAUAAUGGAAGUACAGCCAAUUUAACAGUUCGACUAGUUUUUGGUUCAAAAGUACGAUUCACUCAAACAAUAUUGAUCAAGCUAAUCUCAAAAAUGUCAGCUGCAUCUUCAACACCAGUCAUGUCUUAUUCCCCUGUAACUGGAUUAACUGGCGAUUACUUACCAAAAACUGUUAGUCCAGGUGAUUUAACUUCAAUCUUUUUGAAUGUAACACUAAGUCAACCAGAAACUUUAACAGAUCUUGAGGUUAUCCUUAAAGAUGCCGGACCAGGAUCGUCAAUUGACUCGUGUGGUUGUCAAUUUUUGCCAGGACAGUCAAGUCCUAAUAUACCUUAUCUCAACACAUCUUGGUUUCAGCCCAAACAAUCACAAAAUGAUUUAAUCUUCACCUUUGAGAAGGUAAACGUUGUAAAUCUUUAUCCUAGUUUAACUGAAAAUAUUGUCAGUAUUGAGAUGGCGGUACAGAUAAACGCAAAUGAAUCCUUGGGUGGAGCAAUGAUUAGCAUAGAGGUUCGUCCAUUGGGCUCAAGUGAAGGUAAAUUUUAUGAGACUAAUGUAACAAUUGUUCCAGCUAAACCAGAAGAAAGUGCACCUCUCAAAAUGGCUUUUGACAAAGUAGUUCCAUGGAAAGAGAUACACGGUGAAGGAGGAAUAGCAUUUGAAGGUGAAUUAGUUUUACCACCAAAUGCCAAUUUUUCAUCAGUUGAUUUAUCGAUUCGAGAAAUUGAUUCACCAACUACAGCACUGGAAAUUUGUCGAGUAACAAUAGUAACAAUAGGUAAUAGUUUGCCAUGCACUAAAGCACUAGAACCUUCAUUGGCCACUCAUGUGGCCAAUUUACCAGGCAACCUCAGCCAAACUAAAACAAUAUCGUUUGGUGACGUUUGUUCAAAAUAUGCUCCAAAUAAAGCUGCAAUAGCAGCUACCAAAGAUCGAACCAUAAAUGCAUUUAUAGCCAUCAAAGGAAUCGAAGGAAUUGAUACCUCUUCAAAUCGAACACUUGAGGUAACAUGGACUGGAGACCCGAGUGGACCUUGGGUACAACGUUUAACAAUACCAAUUGUUCUUGGUGCUGAAAUACCUACAGUAGCAUCCAAGUUACCCAAAAUUUUGGUAACUAAAACAACACCUGGUUCGACUGGUGUGGGCCAACCAACGACCGGAUCAAUCAUGAUGCUUUUGGCUACACAAUCAACCGCCGAUUAUACUAUUGAAGUUUUUCCCACCCAACCAGACUCAAAUUCAUCUAUAUGUUCAAUUUGGAUAAAAUCAGUGGGCCAUAAUAUGGCCUGUUUUGACGGUAAACCAUCCACAGUUUUGGAAACAAGACGAAUGGGUUUAAACUCUAAAGCUACACUUCACCUUGGGGUUAUAUCAAACUUGGGUCCUUUGAGAGAACCAUUGCCUACUGAAGAGGAAGAGGAAGCAGACAAAAUAAGAUUGAUGACAAUGGUGGUUUUAUCGCAAACUGCAACGACAGAUGAAAGAUUUGAUGUAGUUAUUAAGUCGGGAAAACAUUCAGAGCGAUCAGCUUUCCUUGUACCAAUUAAUCGAUUUCCCAAGCCUUUAAAAUCAAAAGCUGAUGGUUUUGAGAUAAUUGACGGAGUUGAUGAAAAACUACGCGUUCCUAUCGGUGGGCCAGCAUCUGUACGGAUGAGAAUAAUGGUUAAGCCUAAUUCAAUGGUACAACCAGUUUUGACUUUUACCCCAUCGAAAUGGUACAAUAUUACCGAUUUUGAAGUAAGCUCAAUCGGACAAAACUAUCCAUGUUAUUCACCCUUCUUAACAUCCAAAGAUUUAGCAAAAGGCUCGUUUGCUCUUGGCGUUAUCUCAAAUGCCAAUGUUAACAAAAGUUCUGAAGCUAAUUGGAUAGAGGUUACAGCUGCAAUCAAAGUUUCUCCCAGUGCUACUCCUGGUCAGCUUAUAAAAUUUGAAGUUAAUCUUGAAAUUCCUGGAGCUGAAUUGAGUGAUAAAUAUGAAUCAAAACUGCUUGCAGUGAAAAAUAUCGAUCCAAUUGUUCCCACGUUGGUUUGGAUCAAUGAAACUGUGCUUGAAGAGCAAUUAUCUGUAAGAGAAACCCGUUGGAUAACUUUUAAUAUAACCACCAAUCCUGAUUGGAGAUCAAGAUUUACUGUUGAUGCCACCGGGGAGAUAAUCGAUGGGCGGCCGAUCGUCUCUGUUCGAGACGUGAGAGUCAGUCGUUUGGGUCGUAAUUUACCAGGCUCUUUACCGCCUACAGUCAACGUAAUAUUAAAUACAACGGAGAAUCGAAUAACUGGCGUAUUUGAUUAUACAGCCAACUUUGGAUUCUCUCAUCGAAUCGAUGCAGCCCUUGAAGGUGAUGAUACCAUUGAGAUUGAAGUUUUGGUACAAAUGAUGAGUCAUUCCGCCGCUCUGAAUGGAGGUGAACCACGAGCCAACCGGGUUACCCUUCGGUUCAUGGUUGAAUCAAACCAAGGCCUUCAAGUUUUGGCUCAAGGAGAUCGUUUCGUAAAAACGAUUCCAGGUACUUUAUCCGCAGCGUUGAUGGAUAUUGAAAGUGAAAUUAAUGGUCCGCAUCGCAUCUUUACUAGAGGUGAAACAGCACCAAUCCGAGUCGCUGUGAAACAUGCCGAUGUUUCCAGAUAUGAGCCCCUUGAGGGUAACAUAAGAGUCUACAUGCCUCCAUACGUAGCCUUAAAAUCUUUGGUAAAUUCCUCGCGAAUGGUAACAGUAAAUCAACCAAGCAAUAAAACCUACUUCGAUAUAAAGGUUCCAGUUGUUUUGUUUUGGGAAACCGUCAAUAUUGAUUUGAAUUUAAUUAUUGAUCCAGAUAAAUUAAUUGGUUAUGGGCGAGGAAAUAUACCAACAACACUUUUAAUUACAAUGUUUGAAGGAACCAAAUUAAUUUCAAAGUUUUAUCACAUUUCACUAACGUAUAAAUCAGAUGAUUGUUUCAACCAAAUUGAGUUGGAAGAUUGUCAGAUAACUGGUUCAAGUGGCAUCAAUAAGACAUUUGGUCCAGCCCAAUCAAAGCUAUCAUCUGGUUCAGUUUGGAUUGCCUCUCCAGCCUCACCAUUCACCAAUGAUUUCCUUGAAUAUGAUUUACUAACUCGAACCCGAAUCACUGGUAUCCAAUUGGUUCAACCAAGUACCUUUAAACGGCUCAUUAGGAGCUUCCACUUGGAGACCAGUGAAGACUUGUCAAUUUGGCAGCCAGCAACUCCAACCAUCCAGGUCAGCUCUAUGAGUGUACCAGCCAAGGGUGUAGAGGGUUUGGUUGAGGUUCAAGUGAGUGGUUACAAUGUCGAGACUCGUUACUUGAGAUUCAUCAUUGACUCACUUGGACCCUACUCCGAUCCAACUGAUUUGAUGGGAGUCAAGGUAGGCCUUCUAGGUUGCAGAUUGCCUGGUUCAUUGGGUACUUGUGAUAACACCAAGUGGACCUGGUAUGAUGAAGAUGAACAACACAAAACGAAACACUUUCUUUACGCACCAGAUCAUGCAACUUUGUAUGGUUGCCAGUUUCAAAACCAUCCCAAUAACACUGAAUGUUUCCGAUCAAAAAAUGGAGGAGAUUCUUGGUUCAAGUUACCUUCGUUGGUUCACUCAUUGAUUGGUUAUCAUUCUGCAACUGGUCGUGUUAUUGGUCGAGACUCGAGUAGAGGGAAACUUAUUUAUACCAAAGAUGGUACCAAAUGGUCACCGAUGAGUACCAAAGAAUCAACUGCAAUCCAGGAUUCGCCUGAUUCUUUGAUCCCAGUCAAAGUUAUUGGACAAUCUUGGGAUAAAUUUAGGUUUACUUCAUUUGACAUUAAAUAUUCAGGUCACAGUAAACUUCAAUGGAUCUCAUCAUGCCAUUAGCCUGACUUUACUUUAUUCAUGGGUGAAGAUUGGAAGGAACCAACGAAAACAACGUUUUCAUCAGUAUUGUCAUCAUUCACAUUCAUUAUCAAUCUAACCUUUGAAUCUGUCUCGUCUCUUUUGGCAGUUCAACAUUUCCUUCAACUUGCUUUCUGCUUCUCUUCAUGUCAUACUUUAUUUUGAUCAAUCGUCCGACAUUGAACAGUGCAACUUGACUACUCAAAAGUAAUCAAUGUAAAAACAAUUUCAAUCAAAGUAGACAUUUUUAUUCUCCUUGAAUCGCGUUAUUUAUUUCAACUAAUCACUUUUUUCAUUCUCUCAAUCAAUCCCAGAAUGCAUUUACUGUCAAUUAAAAAAGCUAAAUGUUAUUAGUUCAACCAUAAAAUUGGUCAAAACUUAGAGAUUAUCUAUUCUAAUAAAACUAUUAAAUCAUACUCAACGAAAGAAA